AUGUCGUCUGUUCCUCCUCCUACUGCCGAUCAGGACUACAAGUCCACUCUCCUCCCCCUGCUCAUCUCCAACAAUGUCCUCUCGUUCGGCUCCUACACUUUGAAGUCCGGCCGCGAGUCGCCCUACUUCUUCACCUCCUCCCUCCUGCACACCGCACCUCUCCUGCGCGCCUCCUCCGCUGCCUACGCUAGCGUUCUCUCUGCUGAGCCUUUUGUCACCACCGACGCUGAUGGCAACACGAAGGCCGACUUCGACAUUAUCUUCGGACCCGCAUACAAGGGCAUCCCCAUCUGCGCCGCUGUCACCAACGAGCUCGCCGUGCGGGACUCUCUCUCUGGCAAGAACGCCUGGGACAAUGUUAGCUACUCCUUCAACCGCAAGGAGGCCAAGGCCCACGGCGAGGGUGGAAAUAUCGUCGGUGCCCCGCUGAAGGGCAAGCGGGUCGUGAUCGUCGACGAUGUCAUCACUGCCGGCACUGCCCUGCGUGAGGCCGUCGGUAUCAUCGAGAAGGAGGGCGGUAUCGUCGCCGGUGUGGUUGUUUUGCUGGACCGUGAGGAGCGUGUCAGCGACACCGAGACCAAGAGCGCCAUCGGUGUUGCUCAGCGCGAUCUUGGAGGCAAGAUCCCCAUCCGCUCAGUCCUUGGUCUGCACGACUUGAUCGAGAAGCUCGGUGACAAAAUUGGUGCUGAUGAGAUCCAGCGCUUGAAGGACUACCGCGAGCGCUACGGUGCUCAAUAG